AUGGGCAGCAUGUUUUCUGUCCCUCAACAAGUGGAGAAGGGGUUCACACUGAUGCCCCAGUGGAGGAGGCUGCUGGUCAGAAGGAACUUUCUGAGAGACUUCCUGUGUUUUCCAUUCUGUGAUUCAAAAGAAUGCAUGCUGGCAGAUCUUGCUCAAGAAGGCUAUUCUAUAAGAAACACUGAGAAGUUGAUUGAAGCAGGUCAUGCAGGAAGUGUGCCCGACGCUCCGGUCAUCGAUACCCAGCGCACGUACGCCUACGACCAGAUCUACCUCUGCUGGCGGCUGCCCGAGGACUCAGCCGAGGCCUGGCACUACGAGGUGGAGUUCCGCCAGGCCGAGCACCCGCCCAAGGGCCCGCGGCGCUGGCACCGGAUCGAGGAGGUGCGGGGGACCGGCACCGCGGUGGGGCACCUGGAGCUGGACCGCGUCUACGCCCUGCGAGUGCGUGGCUACAACAAGGCGGGCUACGGGGAAUACAGUGAGGAAAUCUACCUCCGCAGCCCCCCCGCGCCAGUCCUCCACUUCCUCCUGGACAACAAGUGGGGCUAUAGUCAGGACCGCCUCAUCGUCAGCAAGGACCAACAGGCUGUCCGUAGCGUUGCCGGUCUCCCCAUGCUCUUCGCGGCCGAGCAGAUCAUGACCAGCUGCCACUUGUGCAUUGACCUGGUCGUUGGCGACGUGGCCCUGACUCAGGGCAAGCAUUACUGGGCGUGCUCGGUCGACCCAACCUCCUACCUGGUCAAGGUCGGGGUCGGGCUGGAGAGCAACCUCCUGGAGUGGUUCCAAGUGCCCCAGGACGUGGUCAGCCCCAGGUACGAUCCUGACAGUGGGCAUGACAGCGGGGCCGAAGAUGCCACAGUGGAUGCAUCUCCCCCCUACGCCUUCCUGACCAUCGGCAUGGGCAAGGUCCUGCUGCCCCAGGGCUCCCCCCUGCCCUCCCGCGACCCGUCGGCUGGUACCGCGCCCUUGCCCUCGCGGCUGGGGGUCUGCCUGGACUACGAGAGGGGGCGGGUGGCGUUCUAUGAUGCCGUGUCCUUCCGGAGCCUCUGGGAGUGCGGGGUGGACUGCAGUGGGCCCGUCUGCCCGGCCUUCUGUUUCGUGGGCGGGGGUGGACUCUACCUCCAGGAGCUGGUGGCAUCCAGGCCUGAGCCGAAGGCCUCAGGCUGUUCCACGCACAAAGGUGAGGAGAUCAAAAUGGAAGCCAGUCCGACUACGACCUCCCCCCUCCUUCCCCCCAAGACUCCCUGUUAG